UACGCAUUUUACGUUGGGAACCAAUCUGGGAAGCUUUCAUUCAUUCAUUCACGUGCAUCAUGAUAUGUUGUGUUGCACAACCAAUAUUUGAGUUAUAAAACUGAAAGAAUUUAUUCUUUGUACUCAGUCUUACCUAUCCUCCUUGGUCUUACAAAAAUGGGAAAGAAAAAGAAUCGUAAUGUUUUGGGUAAGAGUAUAAUAAGGGACCGAUUCAAGACUUCUAACCAGCAUAGAGACGCAGACGCUAGUUGGCUCCACACAAGCGAGCUCAACGAUGGCUACGACUGGGGCCGUCUCAACCUCAACUCAGUCACGGAGCAAAGCCACCUGGACGACUUCCUCCUGACGGCUGAGCUGGCAGGGACCGAGUUCACAGCAGAGAGGCAGAACAUCCGUGUGGUUGACCCCAACGACUCGGGCCUUCCAUCAGCUGAGGAGACCAAAGCCAUACUGGAGGCACAAGAACUCAACAAAGACCUCCUGUGCAUUCCCAGACGGCCCAAAUGGGAUGCCGGCACCACCAAAGAACAACUUGCCCAGAGGGAGCGAGAAUCGUUCCUGGAAUGGCGCCGUCAACUGGCAUUGUUGCAAGAGAAGGAACACGUGGUCAUGACGCCGUUUGAGCGCAAUCUGGAAUUCUGGCGUCAGCUCUGGCGAGUCAUCGAGCGCAGUGACAUCAUUGUCCAGAUAGUGGACGCUCGCAACCCUCUCCUAUUCCGCUGCGAAGAUUUGGAGAAGUAUGUGAAAGAGGUGGGCAGCACUAAGGAGAACAUGGUCUUGAUCAGCAAGGCUGACCUACUAACUCCACAGCAGAGGCAGCAGUGGGCUGACUAUUUCUCCCAACAGGGGCUGAAGGUCGCCUUCUGGUCAGCAGUCCUUGAAACGGAGAGGAUCAAACUAGAGGCUGCUGAGGAGAACCAGGGUGAUGGAGACGAAGAUGAAGAAGAGCGAUCCUCAGAGUCUGACCAGGACACCGCAGACGAAGAGGACGGCGAUGAUGAUGUUUCCUUCCAACCUCCGAGGCUGGGACCUGAUCCUGAUGUAUCACAACUAUCAACCCACCCUGAUACUCCCUUGAACAGAGAAGCUCCUCCAACUUCCUCUGUGACAACCACUGAAUCGGCUGACGUUGGUGAAAGAACUGGUCAUCACCACGAGACCCAGAACACAAGCAAUUCAGAAACGAACAGUCCAGACUGUCCACAAACAGAUCAAAACCUGCACGAAUUGGUGGACUCUGUCUCGUCCAGAGCUGUACGAUUUGCCAGUCACGACACGGGAGACAAUGCGGAAGUGAGCACAGAAAGUGCCAACAGAAGACAGGAGAGUGAUGCAGAAAAUGGGUGUGGACCAGAAGGCGAGGAGGGGCGGGAGAGAAAGGGGCGUGGCCAAGUGGUUAAUGACAGCAAGCUCCUGACAGGGGAGGAGCUCGUUCAGUUCUUUUACCACCUUCACUCAGGACCCAAAGUUCAGGAGGGAGUCACAACUGUCGGCAUGGUGGGUUAUCCCAACGUCGGUAAGAGCUCCACUAUUAAUGCUCUUCUGCAGCAGAAAAAAGUUCCCGUGUCGGCAACCCCAGGAAGAACAAAACACUUCCAGACGUUGUACGUGGAGCCCACCAUGUGUCUGUGCGACUGCCCGGGUCUGGUCAUGCCCUCCAUGGUGUCUUCCAAGGCCGAGAUGAUCGUCAGUGGCAUCCUCUGCAUCGACCAUCUCAGGGACAGCAUUCCUCCCGUCUCACUGGUCUGUGAACGCAUCCCUCGGCACAUCCUGAACAACAUCUACGGCAUCAACAUCAUCAAGCCACGAGGGGGGGAAGACGCCAACAGGACACCCACGGCCCGGGAGUUCCUCAAUGCCUAUGCCUAUAUGCGGGGCUUCAUGACCAACCACGGUAUUCCAGACUGCCCUAGGGCAGCGAGGGUCAUCCUAAAAGACUAUGUCAAGGGCAAACUGCUGUACUGCCACCCGCCGCCAGGGAUGGACGCCGUCGAAUUUCAGGACUUUGAUCGCAUGGACACCAGCCGUGGCGGCGGUGACGCUACAAAGACGCAGCGGGAGGCCUCGGGACCGGUCAUCACGGAGGAAGGAACCAAACUGAAGAAACAACCAACAUCCUGCAAGCUGGACGAGACCUUCUUUGCCCCGAAGACGGUGGUGUCCCACGUCAAGGGGCCCAUUGGUCCCCGGGGAGGUACGAGUGGGAUCAAAGGGCAAGGGUCAGCGCAGGGGUUGGCAGACAAGCCCUGGAAGAAACACGGCAACCGCAACAAGCGGGAGAAGCUGCGGAGGGUGUACGGUCACCAUGACGACUGAAAGAACACAGAGGGCUCUGGGUGCAGGCCCCAAAACAGGCAUCAAAAAUCAACAUGGAAACAAGGCAGGUGACAGACUUUGAUGUCAAACCAAAAGAUUACGAGAGGGAAUGGCAUAACGUCAUCAGACUUUUGGACCAGGAAAUGAAAUGACAAAACGACAUAAACAUGUAAGUCUCUGCACUGUUACAUCACAGUGAAUAUAUACAGGGAAAACAGCAUGGGGAAAGAUGCAGAAUCAAGUGAUAAUGUACAUGUAAGUCACAAACGACGGGCAAGACUACGAGCUGGAAAUGGAACAGUGACUGUGAAAUCAUGCAUGCAGCCUAGGUGGGGUUCGAACCACAUUCACAGACUUUGGGGGCAAGUCUUGGGAAUCCUAGGUCAUCUGCACAAACACCCUAACUAUUUAGCAAAAGUGUACUGAGAUCAAAAAGGGGGGGGCUGGAAAAGAUAAUUGGUCGAAAAAUGUAUUCAGUGGGAUUUGAACUUCCGUCACUGCACUGACAGGCAAGCUGAGCUACCACUCAGUCCAUCACCAUCACAUGGGCUGGGAGGGAUCUGAAUCCAACCUAGAGCACCAGAAGGAAGCCAAUUCUUGCCCAAGGCGCAAGUAGUAAAAAAAGUGAGUGGGGCUGAAAUUCCAGGCUGACUGUUGACAAGAUUCCAGACCUGAAUCACUACUUUGUACCAGCUCCCUGCUUCUCAAGGGUGCGAACUUGUGACAAAUAAAAACUGUCCAGCUUGGACUGAAUUCAGACUAUAGGGCAGGCUCAAGUGAGAAUCGCACCUUAAACGACAGCGGCAAAAUAAUGCACCAUAACUUUAACCUUCAACCCAACUCCUAUUCUACCUCUCUCAACAUGGACAAAAAAACCCAAACACAGUCCGGUGAGGGCUAUGGUCCGGACUAUGUCGCAUCUAAUGGGAGAUUGAGCCACAAAUGUAGUUUUGGAAAGUCAGCCAAGUACCACUGCAUGAACCCAGCCUUGCUUAUUUCCAAAUUUUGUUAAUCUGGGGAGAACAAUUGUUGGACAUGAUCCAGGGGAAAAGGAAAGUAUGACGCAAAGCAGCGGAAUACAAGUUCAUGGAAAAUGAAUAACCUGGGAGUACCCAGGACAAAAUCAGUGCCAACACCCAUC